AUGAUUUCUCGUAUGCUCCUUCUUAAUCUGAUAGAAAGGGAUCCACUUGAAGGGAGCCCCGAGCAAGGUGCAGGAUUUUCCAUUUCUGGUAAUGUCGGGGAGGAAGAAAUGCUUCCGAUCCCGAUGCUCGAACGGCUCGACCAACGGGAUUUGCAAGAGGAACGAAAGGGAAACGGAGGGAGCCACCUGAUAAACGAAGAAAGAGGAGGUGAGGUGUACUUGCUAAUGGCCGAACCGGUGACCUCACCUAAGAAUCCCCGACCAUCGAAUAGACCAGAUCAACAUCCGGAUGUUUUUGGUGCCAGACCCCCCAAGAGUGGUCUUGCUUUGAUCCCACCAGUGGAGAUGGAGAAAUUGAACCGAUGGAAGCAUAUGGGGCAAUCCCAGGGGUCUCACGCGCAUCUAGCUUCAUCUUCAAUGUACUGCAAUCCGUUCAAAGGAGCUUGGGAGCAUUUCCCCAGGGCAAUUAGAUGUCAGGUCAGCAUUGAGCGAUGGGACUUGGAGCUCACAAAUGCGCUGUUAUGA